UCAAAAUUGGUCGUCAAGAAAAUAAAAAAAGAACCUUUCGAGAUUUCAAAGUCUCAUCAGACUCAUUCCUCAAGAAAAGACUCUUCUCUCUCUCUCUUUCUCUCAUCUCUCUCUCUCUCUAUGAAGAAACUUUGCCGGAAAGGAACCGUUCAUCCAUCGCCGGCAACGGCGAUAAAGACCGACGAAGACCAGUUUCUGUCUCUCCUCCCUAUAGCUAUCCUCUCUCUCGUGGCGGCUCUUUCGGUGGAGGAUCGUGAAGUUCUUGCUUACCUCAUCUCAAACUCAGGAGACUCGAAUCGUAUCAAGAAAAGCAAAACCAACAAAGCAAGCAAAGAAGAUAAUAAUAAUAAUAAGAAUCAUCACUCUCCUCUUUUCGUAUGCGAUUGUUUCAGCUGCUACACGAGUUACUGGGUCAGAUGGGACUCGUCGCCGAGUCGACAACUCAUCCACGAGAUCAUCGACGCAUACGAAGACAGUCUUGAGAUGAAGAAGAAGAAAAAAGAUCGGAGAAAGCGAUCGGGAAAAGCUAAUGGACGAGUCGAAUCUGUCGGAACGAGUCGACUCAGUGAGUUGGGUUCGAGUUCUACCGAGUUUGAUGGUGGUGACUCGGUGAAAGAUGGGAAUUGCGGCGGUGAAGAGGCGGAGAAGGAGAAGGAGAAAGGCUCCUCCGUUGGAAAGGUUUUGAGUUUCAUUGGUCAGAGAUUUUUAGGUGUUUGGGGCUAAGGAAAUUUCCAAACAUUUUGAUAGAAAAAAUGGCUAAAUUUCAAAAAUGACACAAGAUAUUCAACUAUGGUUUAUUUUUGUAAAAAUUUUAUUUCUGGCUCAAAAGUUUUUUUUUCCAGAAAUUUUAUUUUGCUUUCUUUUCUUUUACAUUUUCUUACUUUCUUAAUUUUUUUUUUCUUUUUGAAGGCUUUUACUACCCGUAAAAUUAGAUGUUUAAUUACCCUGUAAUUUUCUAGCACAAGUACUCACUGUGUAUCUAAAUGAAAUAAAUGUGUAUCAUAGGAAAUAAUUUGCAGUACU